AUGGAAGAGAAUGUAGAGAUGAAGGGCGAAAACGGCGAAGCGCUGUCGCACUCAAAGAAGUCGACCAGCCAGCUAAAGAAGCUUUUUGCCAAGCCUGGGCAGACAAGAGACACGAAAGAAAACGAAGACUCGGAAAAGAGCGACUCAGAGUCCGAUCAUGUGGAAACGAAUGGAAAAGAAAUUCUUAACGCUGUUAAAGAAGAGGCCAUAGUGAAGAAGGAGCGGGCAAAGUAUUCAAAGAAAAGAUCAAGCUCCUUAGAUGCUGAGGAGCAAGUGCCGUUCUCCUUCUUCAACAUACUGAAGUAUAUUGAGGAUAGAACAAGCGGCCUAACUUUCUUCCUUGCAAUGAUGGCAUAUGCUGCAGUGGGGUGCAUCCUCAUUCUGUCUGCGCCCUUGCUGGGCCUGUUUAUGACCAAAGAGGAAAUUCCUCCUCUGUUUCAGCACAUCACUGCAUGUCCUGGAAGGCUGUCUGCGCUGCAGGAAACCUUCAAGCUAAGCACGUUCUUUGCGGCAAUGUUUUGCACGUACAUUUUCGUGCAUCUUCUAGUGGGCAGGCUUGUUUUCAUAUGUGCCAUGGUGUGCGACAUCAUCAAUCACAAGGUAAGCAGCAUGGAGAAAAUCAUACUGUUUAUUAUAGACGACGUGAAGGGAAACCUUGCGGUUUUCUUUAUGGGAAUUUUCGGCGUGGUGUACUGCAACCUGUUCUUGGAAAAGUACUCCCUGACUCACAUCCAAGUGGUGGGGUAUGGAAAGCUGGGCGCGUAUUCAAUGUGCCUUUCCAUUCUCAUGGGCUUUUUUAUUGCCGAAAAGUUCUUUUUGAAGUUGGCCAUUGCGUACUGCGGGAACAAUGUUUUCUCGGGCCGGAUUGGGGAUGUAAAUCUUAAAACAUCUAUUCUAAGGCGGCUGAACCAGCACGCAAUCAACGAGAAUAUGGGCGGAUCGUAUCUUGGCGGGGGCUUGGUUGAGGGCAUUGAAGUGACCGAGACGUUUUUGGCACACUUCCCCGACUUCAAGCUUAAGUCCAAGAUCCAGUGCGAGGACUUGGUCUAUGAAAUUCUCUCUAUUCUCUCUACAGGCAAGGAAAACAUAAGCCCCGAGGACGAGGGGAAGGCGCAAAGCCUUCUGUCCACGUAUCUGACAAUGGACACAAUCCGCGAGGCCUUUGGCACGCAGUGGAUGGACAUUUGGAAGUAUUUGGAGGGCCACGGGUACGUGAAGGAGAUAGGGAGCACUUUCCGGAUUCCUGGCGACUGCUUGAUGAAUCUGGCAACAUCUGCGUACAGCGAGAGGGUUGACUUGAAGCGAACUCUGUACGACCGAGACAAGAUACUCGGAACUCUGGACAGAAUACUGCAGGGGGUGGCGCUCAUUCUAACGCUUAUGCUUAGCACUCCGUUUAUAGGAUUUGAUACUGUCCAAUUUCUGGCAGGAUCUGCCCCUUUGAUUAUGGGCUCUGGGUGGCUGUUUGCCGACAUUAUUAAGGAUGUCUUCAACAACUUCAUAUUUUUGCUCCACGAGCACCCGUUUGACGUAGGAGACAGAAUAUUUGUGAAGGGCCAGGAGUUUACCGUGCUGAGAAUAGACCUGAUGUACAGCACGUUCACCUCCAAGGGAGGAACUGUUUGCUACACCCCAAACAAAGAGCUGAUCAAAGAGUCCAUAUUCAACGUGAGGCGCAGCGACAUCCAGACAGAGAUGGUUGUGUUCAUCAUAAAUGACGAGCUUUCCAUAGAGAAGCUGGACGAAAUCAAGGAGAAGGCCCUGAGCAUUCUCAAGAGAAAGGAGCUAGACACCAAGAAGAUGAUUACGGUGCAAGACUAUGAAACCCAGAGCGACAAGACUGUUCUAACCUUCCGUAUAGAAUAUCUGUGCAACUUCCAAGAUCCAGAGCCAAAGUUCACUCGGCGGCACAUUCCCUUAGAGAUCAUUCAGAAAGCCAUACGCUCUGCAGGGUUUAACUAUGUAGAGCAAAAGGCUGAAAGUAGCAUAUAA